AUGCCAAAGGUGACCAUCGAUUUGCCGUCAUCAUCUUUCGAUGUGUCAACCUGGAAGAUUCCUCCAAAAGUCCAGUUAGCGGAUCCUGCUUUUUACAAAACCAGUCCCAUCGAUAUCACAUUUGAACUCAAUACCGUGACAUACGGCACAGCCUGUGCCCCCUUUCUUGCCACACGGGUGUUGAAACAACUGGCAGAUGACGAGCGAAAUGGAUUUCCCGAGGAUGCCGAGGUUCUGACUAACGACUUCUACGUCGACGAUUUAAUCUCCGGAGCAAAUUCCAUAGAAGAAACCGUCAACCUCCGGAAACAGUUGGACACACUACUAAGUAGAGGUGGAUUCCAAUUACGGAAGUGGGCAUCCAACGAACCCAACGCAGUUGCUGAUGUUCCCGUAGAGAAUUUAGCUAUGCAACCAACAUUGGAAUUUGAUCGCGAUCAGUGCCUCAAAACACUUGGUCUGCACUGGGAACCUCUGACGGACCGUCUACGGUACAAGGUUCAACUCCCAGAAGAACAUAACGAUGAACCACCUACGAAACGAACUGCUUUAUCCUACAUCGCUCGAUUAUUUGACCCGCUGGGGCUUGUGGGCCCAGUGGUAACAACUGCUAAACUGUUUAUGCAGUCUCUUUGGAUGCUUCAAGACAACGGUAAGCCCUGGGGUUGGGACAAGGAGCUCCCAUUAUCCCUUCAUGAACGUUGGCGAUCAUAUAAACAUCAGCUGCCUCUGCUGAACGAACUACGUAUUGAUCGUCACAUCUGCUGCCCAGCACCCAGGAAUGUGCAAUUGCAUAUAUUUUCAGAUGCAUCUGAAAGAGCGUAUGGCGCAUGUGCGUACAUUCGAUCAACGAAUCCAGACGGCAAGGUCAAAAUUGCCUUACUCACAUCCAGGUCGAAGGUCGCCCCGCUCAAACAGCAGAGCAUUCCGCGACUUGAGCUGUGUGGAGCGCUUAUAGCAGCAGAAAUUCAUCAGAAGGUCAAGAAAACCCUGCGAAUAUUCUUUCUCGCGUGGUGGAGUGGGCCGGUUUGGAUACAAAUGGAACCUGAUCAGUGGCCAAUCGAACAACACAGCACUCCCCAAACUCAUACCAUACCAUACCAGAAACUAGAAGGCUAUCAACGCAUGCUACGGAUCACUUCCUACUGUAGGCGCUUUCUUCGAAACUGUCGCCGUGCAACCAGAAAAAAAUUCAUCAAGAACGAAUCAUUCCUCCAAGCAGAAGAGAUCAAGGCAUCAGAAGGCAUUCUCAUCGCUCUAAUACAGCAGCAAACUUUUCCGCUCGAGUGGGCACAACUAAGUGAGAAACGACCACUUUCCACCAAAUCAAGACUCCGUUGGUUCAGCCCGUUCAUGUCCGACGAAGGCGUCAUUCGUAUUGGAGGUCGACUGAGCAAUGCACAACAGUCAUUUGACAGCAAGCAUCAAAUUCUGUUGCCAGCAAACCAUCCGUUUUCGUUUCUCCUGGUGAAACAAUUUCACGAACGAAACCUCCAUGCACAUCCACAACUUCUUAUCACCUUUCUACGCAACCGCUACUGGAUCAUAGGGGCCGGGAGCUUGGCGAGAAGGGUAGUCCACACCUGCGUCGCUUGCUUCAGAGCUCAACCAAAGAAACUGGAGCAGUUUAUGGGCGAUUUACCUCGAACUCGUGUAACAGCAUCCCGGCCAUUCGCAGUAACGGGAGUUGACUACUGGGGACCAUUACUUCUUCGACCAGUUAACCGACGAUCAGCAGCAAGGAAGGCUUAUGUAGCAGUUUUUGUGUGCUUUUGCACUAAAGCUGUGCAUAUCGAAUUAGUGGUGGAUCUAACUACAGCAAAGUUUAUGCAAGCAUUCCGACGAUUCACUUCCCGCCGAGGAUUUUGUUCGGAAAUAUACAGCGACAACGGUCGUAACUUUGUUGGCGUCUCCAAUGAACUGCGAAAUUUCCUACGCAGCAGCAACUACAAACAAGCAUUUGCCAUCGAAUGCACCAGCAACAACAUCAAAUGGCACUUUAAUCCGCCGAAGGCCUCUCAUUUUGGCGGUUUAUGGGAAUCUGCCAUUUCAUCAGCUCAGAAGCAUCUUUUUCGAGUCCUGGGGCAACACAAGCUAGACUACGACGACAUGGAUACGUUACUAAUCCAAAUCGAAGGUUGCCUCAACUCCAGACCCAUCAUUCCUAUCCGUCUGACCUCCAGCCGCUCACACCGGGACACUUCCUACUUGGAUCGCCCUUGA